AUGAAAACUACAAGUUUAUUGGUAAAGUUUGCCAUUAUUUCCUCCUUGUUUCUUUUAAUAUCUACUAAAUUCAAGGAAAAUGCAAAAUGCUCAUUUGAUUUUUAAUGUCUCUCUCAGUAUUGCUUUCAAGGAAGAUGCUCAUCUCACACCUUAAAUGGAAGCCCAGAGAGGAUGAGAUUAGAAGGAUAUUUAGUAGAGUAAUAUUUAAACCUUCAAGAGUUCGAAGAAGAAUUAGCAGAAAGAAUUGAAAGAUUCCCAAAGUUGAAAAUGAAAAUUGAGCAAUACAGUCUUAGCUAAAUGAGCGACCAAAUCAGUGACCAAGAUUAAAAUGAAUCAAUGAAAAGUAUAGCUAGUCUCGUUGAUAAAAGUCAAAACACAACAAUAGAUUCUAGCAAUUAGGAUCUUAAAAAAGACACUAUUCCUAAUAGAGAAAGAAAAGAUGGUAUUUAAAUGGUAUUUGGCAUCAUUUUCCUUGGUGUUUUUUUCGUACUUUGCUAAUUCGUAUUUACUAAGUGUGCAGAUCGUAGUAAUAUUCAUUGA